CUCAAACUCCCAGGCUCGUCACUCCGCAGUGAAGCUUCAUCAGCCUCAACUCAAAGCCCUCCUCUCCUCGUCGUCGACAGCGAAAGUAGAAAACCCUUAAAGAAAAAUGGCCGCCGCUAUCCAAGCUCUGCUCGUCCUGGCCCUCCUUCACCUCGCCACUGCGACGCCUGUCAUUGGCAAGCAGACAGUGAGCACUUUGUCUACGGGAUAUCUGGGCCACCCUGUGGUGGGAGGCCUUGGCUAUGGAGGCCUGGGCUAUGGAGGUCUGGGCGUUGUUGGUCUGGGCGUUGCUGGUCUAGGCUAUGGUGGUCUAGGCUAUCCCGGAGCGGCUCUUGGAGGAGUCUACACGCACCAUGCAGCUGGGCUCGUUCACCCUUACGGUGGACUCGGAUACCAUGCGGCCCCCUAUCACCAUGCCCUCGGAGGACUCGGCUACCCCCUGGGCAUUGGCGCCGGUGUCGUGGCUCCCCACGUGGUGAAGGGCAAAAUCGCUGCCCCGUUGGCGCCUGUUGUUGCUGCCAUCUAAAUCGUCACCGCCCUGCGUCCCCGUCUGCAGAUGACUCAAGACUCCGGUGAAGAAGUGACUUGACGAACGUUAUGGACAGCCGCCGCCAACCACCACCCGCAAAAAAAAAGGGGGCAUAGGUUCACCACCUACUCCCCUUCCCAUACCUGCCCAUUCAUACCGACUGACCCCAACCCAUCCUACCCAAGUCCAUUGACUCUCACACAAACUCUUAUCAUCGGCGGUCAUGGUUUAUUUUCGCCGUUCGUUCAGUUCCUGAACCCCCUAAUCCCAUGCCAAUUUCCUGCAACAAAAACGCCAUUCGGACCCUUGAGUGAGCGAGUGAGUUGUGUGAAUUUCGUGACGCAAUUGGGUGGGCGGGUGUGCCGGUGUCUGUCCGUAACGUUUUUUUUUCCUAUCAUCUGUGCAAUGUCCUUCUUGUGUUCCGGAUUCAAAUAAAAAAUUUAACCGUA